AUGAUGAAUACAAUCAUCUUUGUCUUGUGUUUGGUGCUCAGAAGUGCUAACUCUGCAGUUCAUGGUAUUGAAAUUACACCGGAAGAAGAUUUGGUACUGGAAAGGAAACUAAAGAUCAUUAACAAGCCUCCUAUCAAAGUUAUUCAUACAGAGUAUGGCUACAUUGUUGAUUGCAUUGAUAUUAACAAACAACCAGCUUUUGAUCAUCCUUUACUGAAGAAUCAUACCUUGCAGAGAAAACCUAGUUUUCACGUACCAAUCGAAGAAACACAUGACAGCCCCAUUUUUGGACUUGAUAAAGACGAGUGUCCGACGGGAACGGUUCCUAUCAGGAGAACAACAAAAGAAGAUCUUAUACGAGAAAAAUCAUUAAACUAUAGUAUUAUGAAUGACGGCGGUAUUAUUGGUCUUCACCGUGCAGAAGUAGCUCUAUCAUCACAACUUGGUCCUUACUACGCAGUUCAUGGAUGGAAUAGCAUUUACAAUCCCAAAGUUGUUGGUGCGUAUCAAGCGUCCAUUGCUCAUAUAUGGGUUCAAAAUGGACGAGGAAAUAAAUUUAACGUAAUCAGUUUUGGGUGGCAUGUGGAUCCGCAAGUGAAUGGUGACUAUGCAACCCAUCUAUACGCAGCAUGGACAAUGGAGGUGAGAGGGAUGCAUAUUGGAUAUUUUCCGGCAGCAAUAUUCUCCAAUUUGCGUGGAGCAGAACAAGUGGGAUGGGGUGGGAGAACACUUACUCCUCGACGUACAAGUAGUCCUCCAAUGGGAUCUGGAUAUUUUCCUGACAGGAACUUUUUUCAUGCAAGUUUUUUUAAGAUGAUUUCUUACCAAAAUGAAACAAGAAUAAGUCAUGGACCUGAAAAUUAUCUAAUACAGUACUUUGCUGACAAGCGCUCAUGUUUUGGUCUUAGCUACUAUGGCAAUCUCGGAGGAUUUGAUGGAUAUUCUCUUCAAUUUGGAGGACCAGGUGGUAAUUGUGGUGAUUGA